AUGAAGCGCCAGACUUCAUCACCAUUACUUCCAGGAACCUCGACGCGUUCGUCCCAGAGGGUGCCCGUCCUGGCCGGCACAACUGCAUCCAACGGUGACCUGGCGAGUCUUUUUGAGUGUCCGGUCUGCUUUGACUAUGUGUUACCACCCAUUCUUCAGUGUCACAGUGGCCAUCUUGUGUGUACCACCUGCCGCCCGAAGCUCAAGUGUUGUCCGACCUGCCGGGGCUCUCUGGGAUCCAUUCGCAACUUGGCUAUGGAGAAAGUGGCCAGUUCCGUACUUUUCCCAUGUAAAUACCUCUCUUAUGGGUGUGAAUUAACUUUGCCACACACUGAGAAAGUAACCCACGAAAAGCUCUGUGAAUUUAGGCCUUACCUGUGCCCAUGUCCUGGUGCUUUCUGUAAAUGGCAAGGCUCUCUGGAUGCCGUCAUGCCCCAUCUGAUGCAUCAGCAUGAAUCCAUUACGUCCCUACAGGGAGAAGAUAUCGUUUUCCUGGCUACCGACAUUAACCUCCCUGGGGCCGUGGACUGGGUGAUGACGCAGUCCUGUUUUGGCGUUCAUUUCAUAUUAGUCUUGGAGAAACAAGAAAAGUACAACGGUCACCAGCAGUUCUUCGCAAUCGUCCAGCUGAUAGGAACACACAAGCAAGCUGAAAACUUCGCCUAUCGUCUUGAGCUCAAUAGUCCCAGGCGGCGGCUGACUUGGGAAGCGACUCCGCGCUCCAUUCACGACGGAAUUGCCACAGCCAUUAUGAACAGUGACUGCCUAGUCUUUGAUACCAGCAUUGCACAGUUUUUCGCAGAAAACGGCAACUUGGGCAUCAACGUAACUAUUUCCACGUGUUGA